AUGCAGUCUAUUUGCAAUCCUUUCGAGGACAACCAAAAGAAACGUCAAAAAGAAACUGAAAAACUACUCAGAAGACUUCACCUCCAGGGCCAACAUCAACACAUGCUGACAUCAGAGGACUUUGUACAAAUAGGUCCAACUAUAAAAAAAACGAAUGAGAUCUUUGAGAGAGAUCUAGUUUGUGCUUUUAUUCAGAGGUUAAUGAUGUUAGAUUACAGAGCCAGAUACAUCCCUGUUCAGCAAGAAAGCUCUGAUGUGAACAAUUCACAGGCUGUUCAAGUGUCUGACAGUGCUGUUACAGAUGAUGAUGACUUAGAUGCUCUUUUUACUACUAAUGUAGACAUAGAUCCGUCAAAAGAGAAUCAUGUUCACCCAAUGGAUGUUCAAAUGGCAGCAUUUCACUGCUCAGACAGCUUCCUUAAACAGAAAAUGAUCACAAAGUUGUCACAGUGUCAGUAUGCCUUACCACUGCUUGUUCCUGAUCCUCUCUCAACAAAUAUUGAGUGUCCUUUGUGGACAUUCAGACAAAUAWCAAAAACRUGGAAAAUAAGCACAAUCAAAGAAAACAYWACYACUGUCACCAUGAAGAGCAUGCCRAUCUACAAAGCUGAGACUCCCAUGGUUUCAUUUUUCCGAUUGGGCUCCAUGUCUUUGUCCAAAUCUCAGCUGAUGAAUGCCUUGAUCAACGACCGCCAUGACACAUUUUUCCACAGAAACUGUCCAGGCAGCACCAAAUCUCGUCAUUUGAUGGACGGGGUGGCAGAGAUUGCCUGGUACUGUCCUGCUGGRAAASVCAAUGAUUUCUUUACUGACUGCAUUGCCUUCUGUAAUCUUCAUGGGGAUUCUCUAGCAAAUGUAAAACAGCGUGAAAUCCUGACUGAAAUGUCUUCAGUCAUUGUUGUUCUUGUGCCAACUCUGGAAAAAWGCCAGRAAAGYASURMAGUYAUWKMKAYRCUKUWCAAGUCUUCAAARCCUCUAAUUAUCCUCAWUGSUGACAAUGACUGUAGUGCAGUUCAGGUAAAACUUCAAAAAUACAAACUAGGGCUGAAAGAAAGAAGCCAGUCGGAUGUUWCUGAAGAACUAAAAAAGAUUAUAAAAAGCCUUUUGUCUGGACCCCACACAUCCUUCCGGCUGGAAACUAUGGCUGAUGUCUCUGGGGUCAAAGUGGAUGAAGAUCAGAAAGUCUGCCAGAAUGGAAAAUCUGCUGCAAUAGAAAUAAUUGAAUUGAUUGAAAGAAUGGACGUUGCCAAAAUCAAAGAUAAAUUUCUUCCCUGCCAAGGUCAACUUUGGUAUGAUUGGUGCAAAAUCAAUAAAGAGUUGCAUCAUCUAAAGGGAGACAUUGAGAAAGAAAAGGGUCAGAAGACUCAACAGCUAAUGAAACUACGAGAGAAACAGUGUGAUGCGUCCAAUAGUAAACUGAUGAGGUUGUUCAUUCAGAGCCUCCAGAGUUUGCCACCAAAAGAAAGAGAAUAUUUCUUGACAUGGACUCAGAUCCUCAUAGAUGCCCUCUCCACAGAUGAUCUUUCUUCAAUUCUCCAAAAAUAUGAUGAAACCUGGUCAGAGGUCUUGGUCUUGAAAAAGAAACAUGACAAAUCUGCUCAAUUAAAACACAAACAAACUGAGCUUGAACUGUUGUCAAAAAAGCUUCAAUCAGCAACCUUUGGUCUGGAACACAUCUUCAGAGAAAUGGGACAGAUCUAUGAAGCCCAUAAAUCUUUGAAGCAAAAAUCACUGGGCCAAAAGCCUGAAUGGACUAAAUACCCUGAGCUGGCUGCAGAUCUGAUGGUAUCAGGACACCCGAUGGAGUUAAUGGAUGGGGAUGCAGGCCAUGUGCCUUUAAUAUGGAUCUCUAGCCUCUUAAAAGAAGUCAUCAAGAAACUUGGUGACCAGAGAGUCUUUGUGCUGUCAGUUCUGGGCAUACAAAGUAGCGGAAAGUCAACGAUGCUGAACGCCAUGUUUGGCCUGCAGUUUGCAGUCAGUGCUGGGAGAUGCACCAAGGGUGCCUACAUGCAACUGGUUAAACUGUCAGAGGAAAUCAAGGACAAAUACCAGUUUGACUACAUUCUAGUUGUUGACACUGAAGGACUGCGUGCUCUGGAGUUAGCAGGUAGUGCUACCCUUCAUCAUGACAAUGAACUUGCAACAUUUGUUGUUGGUCUGGGAAACAUGACACUGAUCAACAUCUUUGGUGAGAAUCCAGCUGAGAUGCAAGAUGUCCUACAGAUUGUUGUGCAGGCUUUCAUGAGGAUGAAGAAAGUCAAGCUUUCUCCGAGUUGUGUGUUUGUCCAUCAGAACGUCACAGAUAUUACAGCAGCAGAGAAAAACAUGGACGGAAAAAGACGCCUGCARGARAAACUGGACAAGAUGRCUCAACUUGCUGCCAAAGAGGAAGUGUGUGAUGUUGAGUGCUUCAGUGAUGUCAUCGCAUUUGAUGUGCAAAAAGAUGUGAAAUACUUUGCUCAGCUGUGGGAGGGAAGUCCACCAAUGGCUCCUCCAAAUCCAGGUUAUAGUGAAAGUGUCCAAGAACUGAAGUCCAUCAUCUUGUCUAAAGCCUCACAGUCCACUGGGAUCACUCUGUCACAUUUCAGCACCAAAAUUCAGGACCUGUGGAACGCCUUGAUGAAUGAACACUUUGUUUUUAGUUUCAAAAACACCCAAGAAAUUGCAGUUUACAGAAAACUGGAGGUCCAAUAUGGGAACUGGACUUGGGCCCUGAGGAGUGAGAUGCUGAACAUUGAAAACCAACUUUAUCCCAGAAUUGAAAAAGCCCAACUGGACAAAGUUGAACUCAGUUACCUUACCAAAGAAAUGAGCAAAAAAUACAAAGAAAUAACAAAAGCUAUUGUGGAUUACUUUGAAGAUGACAAAGACAAAGAGAUGUUGGUUCAGUGGCGGGGCCGAUUUGAGAAUAAAAUCAAAGAGUUUCAUGAGGAACUUGUGAGAGGAGUGAAGAGAAAACUGGAUGAAGUAAUCCAGCAAAAUAAUGCUAGAAAAAUGCUUGACAAGAAGAAGACAGAGUUUGAAAACAAUCUACUACAGAAGAGCAAAGAGCUGGCUCACCAGUUAAAAUGCAUUGCAGCAGAUGAAGAGGAACUAAAAACACAGUUCAGCACCGUUUGGAGUCACUGGGUUAAGGAAUUAACCUCGGAUACAAAACCCAUCGAGAACAUAAACUUGGAGGAGGAUCAGUUUGCUGUACUUCGAGAUCUUGGUGUUGAAUGGGGACUCAUUGAUGAGUCAAAAAGAAGUAAGAAAUACAAAAAUCUCUCAGAAACUGGAAACUAUGUUUGUUAUAUAACCCAAAAGAAAUAUCAAAAACAAUAUGAGGAAAGCCAACAGUCUCAGGGAAACCAGAGAGAAGCAAACAAAGACACAAGCGGACAAAGCAAAACCUUUUUUGGCUAUUUCCAACAAUGGUUUGGAAUGACAUCAACAACACAGCAUGUGGAAGAACGUAAACCAAAAAAUCCUUUUCAGUAUGAAGAACAGGAACUGAUCAGAUCAUUUGUUAAAAAGGUUGAAAAAGAAUGUCUUGAAGCCAUUAGGAGCAAACCUGUUGCAACAAGAGGUUACAGGUCAACCUACUUGCAAGAACUGGCCAAAAAUGUUAAACAAAGAGUGAGAGAGUUUGAAUCAGGGAAGAAAUUUACAUUCAAGAAAGAGUUUACAGUUGAUCUUUCACUGUAUGUGUUUGAUAGGGCUGAAGUUUGGCUCUUAAACUCCCACCACAUCUACAGAGAGAACAAUGAUGCUCUCACUUACUUGAACAACAAGAAAAAUGAGUAUUAUAACAUUUUCAGAAGCUUCUGCAAAGGAAGUUCAUCUGCUGUGGUGUUUGGAGAAAUUAUGUGUGAAAAACUCAAAGUCUCUGCUGUUGAAGCCGUCUGUAACAAGACUGGAGUUGAUAUUGCUGGAGAGAUGAUGUGCAGUUUCCCAGCAUUCAGUGAGAACAGACUGAAUUUAGAGAAACAUGUGUUGGCAUCUCUGGCAGAGAAAGAAGACUUUAMCAGAUUCAYCASCUACAUCAGAAAUCCAAGARMKCAAGUYGAGGCUUUCAUCAAAGAAGAAGUAAAKRAAUACAUGUUCACMACACAGAAARWUAAAKCCCAGAYUAUMCUGAAGAAAAAUGUAGAAGACAUCACCAGAGUCAUCAGUCAGGCUUUGUUUGAGGCAACAGAGAAAUUCAAACACAGAAAAGGAAACAUAGAAAUGUGGGUGGAGGARUUUUCYAGUAAACUAAAGCCAARGUUGACACUUGAUACCGUUAGUUGUCAAAACUUCAGUGACAUAAACAAUUUUGAAUUUCUUAAAGAAGAGAUAGAGAAAGGCCUGAAAAGCAUCACAACAGAAAUGAGCAAACUCUCCCUGGAAAAGGUGAAUAACUGCAGGCAGAAACCUGAACAGAUCCUGAUUGAUCAGCUGUGUAACUGCUGCUGGGAAAGGUGUCCAUUCUGUGCUGCUGUUUGCACAAACACUUUGAAGGACCACAGUCCUGAGAAGCACAGCGUUCCUUUUCAUCGACCCUCUGGAGUUGAAGGUUGGCAUGUAAGAGGAACAGUUGAUCUGGUCAUUGAUUUCUGCACCACAUUAGUUGCAAGUAACAGAGCCUUUUACGCUGAUGCUGGCUCAGAGGAGGCUGUUCCUUUUAAACAAUACCCAACUGCAGGAGAAAAGUAUGCUUCAUGGAGCAUUACAGCUGAUGCCUCUAUGCUGGCCUACUGGAAAUGGUUCAUCUGCCACUUUCAAAAUGAAUUAGAAGUCUACUAUGAUUUGAAAUUUCAGGGUAGUGGAGAAAUUCCUCUUGAAUGGAAAAACUUCAGUAAGAAGGACGCUAUUGAAAGUCUGAAUGAAAUGUGUAGUUUGUGAAGAAACUGCAACCACUCUAUAGUUAGAGAUAGCAAGAUUGCACACACACUAUAAUGAAUGGCUAGGAAUAUAAAUGUCUGGUUUAUUGUUGUCUCAGUUUAUUCUGUAAGUGUCAUUGAAUUAUCUAGGAAACUUGAGUUUGAACUGUGUGGAAUUCUUUGUUUGUCCCUUAAACCUGUCUUUUUAUUAUAACGUAACAUGUCAAAUGUGUUCUCAGUAUACAAUGUGCAAAUAGAAUGCAUAAUUAUCCAUCCACCCAUUUUUUUAACACCUUUGUUCAUAACAUUUCAAAUUGGUUCAAUAUUUUCCAUUACUUAUUUAUCAGGUUAAAGACAGAUUAAUUAACAGAUUAAAGACGUUCAGUUCGGAUGAAUGAUACCUGAACGUUAGGUCGCAUUUGAAUCGGUUAAGUGUCGGAUAUGGGUCACAUUCGAAAAAGAAUCCGACCUGUGCUGUUCACACUGCCAGGAAAAUAUCGGAUACAGGACGCAUUAUGUCAAAAAAUCGGAAUUGGGUCACUUCAGGCUACAGUGUGAACCGACCAUAUGUCGCUAUAUUGAGACCUUAUCAACACAUAUAAGAUAUAACUUUAACGGCUAACCGCUGGCUAAGCUAAUCGGCUAGUGACAACUCUUAUACAGUAAUAAAACCGCAUCUUAGAACUAUUUGGCAAGAAAAAUGUAUACAAAGUACAACUCGGUUUUAUACUGCUAAUGUGGUUUUUCACUGGGUACUACUAACCUGAAAUGCAGGGAAGUAGAGAUGAGAUAGGACCACGAAAUGGCGUAGCUUCUUGAAUCUCUGUAGUUUUCAAGGAGCUUCAGAAGAAGACACAGAAACCCGCUGCGCCAUGUCGCCCCCUGCGGGUUGGGUUACGCAACACUGCAAAUUUUGUGCCUGUCAAAUUACCAUAAUUU